AUCUAAGCUCUUUCUGGUGCACAGCUGACACCAAGUAUUCAUUGGAGCAAUCGUUGUAUUGUACGAUUGAUCCUAUUCGUUAUAGAGAAAUCUUCGAUCGCUUUAAUGCUGGGAAAGGAACAGCUCAUAAACUAUUUUUCAAAACCAUCAAGACAAUAUGCAGCCUCAAAACCGAAAUUGCUUGGCCGAGCAUUAUUCAGCAGCAGAACUUAAUGGAAAGUUUUCAAACAAUUAAGACGAACUGUUUUCCAUUCUUUAUUGAAUGCAUGGACGGGAUUCACUAUCAGAUUAACACUCCAAAGAAUGACGCUAUAAGCUAUUAUGGCCGUAAGGGAAAGCAUUCAAUAAUCAUGCAGGCUAUAUGCACAAGUAAGCUUCGUUUCUUAGACGUAUUUAUCGGGUUUCCUGGAAGCUGCCACGACGCUAACGUUUGGAGCAAUAGUCCAAUUUACAAAGACAUUACAACUGGUCAGGUUGAAUUUGUAAGUGGUGCUAUAAUUUUAGCUGAUUCCGCUUAUCCACUGUCUAAAUAUUUAAUGGUACCAUAUAGAGAUAACGGGCACCUCACUACUGCUAACAAAAAGUUUAAUUAUCACCUUAGUUCUACCCGAGUUUUAAUAGAGCAAGCAUUUGGCAUUUUAAACCAUAAAUUCAAAAUACUUAAUCAUAUUGAUAUAAGGCGUUUUUCAAUAGGUGCGCUUCAACUUUUUUCCGAUAGGGAGGCCGAACGACGCAAUAUGUUUUAUUUUUCGCUUGUCAUUUGAAAACUUCAUUAGUAUACAUUUCAUCAUGGAACGCUACACACUUGAGCAACGAUUGCAAAUCUUGCAAAUUUUUUAUGAAAAUAAUCGUUCUGUUGCUGCUACUUUAAUUCAGAUUCAUCAUCUUCAGUGAUGAAGCUCACUUUUGGCUCAAUGGCUUUGUCAACAAGCAAAAUAUGCGUUACUGGAAAUCGAUACCGCGACAUAAUAAACGAUUAUUUUUGGCCGCAAUUGAAUGGUAUGGACUUAGAUGACAUGUGGUUUCAACAGGACGGGGCCAUAAGCCACACAGCACACGCUACAUUGAUUUGUUGAAGAGUAAGUUCGAUGAGCGCAUUAUUUCCAGAAAUGGCCCGGUCGAAUGGCCGCCGCGCUCGUGUGAUUUGACGCCUCUAGACUAUUUUCUUUGGGGUUAUGUGAAGUCAUUGGUCUACAGCAGUGGUCGCCAACCUUUUCAAUGUGUUGAGCUACUUUCAAGAUUUUGAAAUAAACAGCGAGCUACUUGCACAAGCCAACAUAAAUUAAA